GGCCGAGGGCAGCCCGGGGGUGGCACCUUCGCCGACCCCGGCGCGAGAGGCCCUGGCGCCCCAUGGAGCGGGGGGCCCUCCAGCGGAAGGGCAUGGACGACGACUUCCUGCCCGACCACACGACCGCGGCGGCGUUGAACGCUGUCCUGGCGUCCUCGUGGCCCGCCGCCGCGCCGCCAGCGCGACGUCGCCCCGAGCCGCCCAAGCCGCCGCCCCGCAGGCCGUCGCUGGCCGCCUGGGACGUGCCGCCGUUCGCGCUGCCCACGCCCUCCGCCGCGCAGCGGAAGGAGCUGUGGGCCUCCACUGGCGCGGGCUCCAGGGCCACCACCUCGGCGGGGGCCUCGUUCAACGAGCGCGCCGCCAGCGGCCCCACGCACGGCAGCGACGACGACGACGAGGACGAGUGCGUCUUUCCGCUCGAGGGCUGCCACGACGCUGGCGUGGCCGCGGAGCAGGACCAGACGGGGACGAGGCGUGCGGCCUCAGGCUCCAGUACGAGAUGGUGGGCCUGGACGGCGACGACGAGUACCUGUACGAUGCGCGCCACGUGCCCCGAGAGGACCUUGACCUGGACCAGCGGGUCCAGGCGAGCUUCCGGUCCGCGGGGGGCGACCGCCGCGGCCCCGGCGGCGGCGAGGGCGGGCCCAGCCUGGGCGCGAGCCCCGUGCUGCUCUCGGCGAUAGAGCAGGUGGCCGCCGAGGCCGACGCCGCGCGGCCCUGCGGCGCGCCCCCGCGCGCCUAGGAGCGCGCUGGGCGCUGGGCGGGCGCUGCCCCUGAAAGUCGGCCUCCCCCCCGGCGCGCCCGCGCCGCUUUUUGGGCCUGCGUGCUGCGCCGGCGCCGGCGUUCGGCAGGAUCCCACGACGUCCGCCGACGCGGUCCCAGGCCUCCCGAGGGCAGGGGGGGGAUUUUUUGUUCCGGGCCGGGCGUGGUGCUCCUCGGUGCGGGGCGGGCGCCGGGUCCCGUCAUCGGGCCCCGGGGCCAGCAAGGGUGGGCGGUCAGGACCUCUGCUGGAGGGCCC